AUGGCCACCGAAGAGCAUUUCACACCAGAUACUAUCACAGAUACGUCAGAAUCCACUGAUGCUGCUGCUACUGCUGCCGGGGCUAAUGGUGAUCAUCCUACAGCUGCUCUUGUCCCGCCCAUCAGCACACCUUCGGAAAUUCAUCCCGAGCCAUGUGACUCUUCCAAUCACAGCGUCCUCAUAAUCGAUGAUGAGGACGACGACGAGGAGGAUGAGAAGAGGCCAACUACUGUUUCUGACGAUGGCAGUAGCAGCGACAGUGGUGGGUGUGAAAUAAUCAGUGUGGAUUCUGAUGAGGAGGAUGACGGAGAAAGGCGAUGGCGCAGCCAGUACUCCACGCUGGACAGUGUAGUCAAGCUGAUCAACUCUUCCUCACGCAUCCUUGUCCUCACCGGAGCCGGCAUCUCCGUCUCCUGUGGCAUACCAGACUUUAGAUCGCGUGAUGGUAUCUACGCGCGCCUGGCACAGGACUACCCCGACCUCACCAGCCCUCAAGCCAUGUUUGAGAUGGACUUCUUCCUCCACAACCCCCUGCCUUUUUUC